AUGAUCCCCGACAACAAUUUUGAUCGAGAGGACCAUGGGACGAUUUUGGGACCUCCCCUUCCAGACUCCAAGCUCCAUUCCUUUGCCAUUGGAGCCCAACAACCCGACCAAAUGCGGCUCCUACGAUUGCAGCAGCCCUUGAGGGCAGCUGCCGGCUCCAGCUUCAGGCCGACGAUUUCCUUCGCCUGGAGCCACCGACCCGAAAUUCUGUCGCCAUCACGCAUCGAUGUCGGCAACCAGGCCGUCGAGGGAAGGAGGAAUGCCACGGUCAAGUCGCAGGGUGCCUACAAAUUGACGUCCAAGAAGACGAUACCCAAGAAGCUGGGUGCCAAGAGGACUGGCGACCAAUAUGUUAUUCCCGGCAACAUCAUUUACAAGCAGCGCGGCACCCUCUGGCACGCUGGCGAGAACACCAUCCUCGGCCGCGACCAUACGAUCCAUGCCGCCGUCUCGGGAUACGUCAAGUACUACCGCGACCCUGCCCGCCACCCGACUCGACAGUACAUCGGCGUCGUCUUCAACCGCGAGGACAAGCUACCCUACCCGCCCAAUGCCAUGCGCAAGCGCAAGCUGGGCCUCGUCGCCGUCCCCCGCAAGCCCGAGGUCAAGAGCGAGGCCCUCAGCCUGAGCGGCAUCCCGCGGAGAGUCAUCCGGAAGGAGGGCGUGAUGCAGAUCCAGGACGCCAUCCAGGCCGCGCAGGAGGCCGACGCCGCCAUCGAGGCCGCAGAGAGCCAGCAGCCCGCCGCUGCCGACGGCAAGAAGAAGAAGCACACCAAGUACCGCGCGCCGGCGGCGUACCUCGCCCGUCGGUGGUCGGAGCGCAUGCGCAUCAAGCGCUCGAACCGCGUCCUGCUGCUGCAGAAGGACUACAGCUACCGCGAGGCCAACUCGGCCAUCGGCCGCCUGAUGGGCAGGCACCGCGGCAAGACGCCCGGCACCGUCGUGCUGGGCAGCCGGCACGGCAAGCUGCGCGCGCGCAGGAGGAAGCGCGACGCCGAGUUCGCGCAGAGGCAGGAGGCGCUGCGGCAGCGGCGGGUCAUGGCGGCGGCGCGGGAGAAGGAGAGGCAGGAGAUGCUGGCCAAGCGGGCGGCCAAGGCCAAGGCCAAGAAGGACGGGAAGAAGGACAAGAAGGCCGCGGCGUGA